AUUAGCCGCACAUUGCUAGCGAGGGUAACCGCAUCCGGGAACAGUCGGGAUGUGAAUAUUUAAAAUUCAUUUUCUUUCUUCGCGAUGUUUCAGACAAUUGCUGAUACUGUUGGCCUCCCAGUGGACCAGAUUCGUUAUGUGAUACUGCUGUUCCUGUCGUACCCACUGGCCUAUGUGUUCCGCUAUGCCCUCCACCCCUCACACACAUCACUCAUCACACGACACAUCUUCUCCCUCUCAUUCGGACUACUCUAUGGCUUCCUCUGUUUUGGAAGUCAGAUGAUCGUCUUGUUUGCUAUAAUUGGAGUGUGCUGUGCUAUGCUUCAGUACCUCCCAGCCACUGUGGUCCAAAGAUACACAAUGGUGUGGGCCAUGGGCAGCAUGAGUGCAGCUCACAUCUACAGAAUGAUGACUGACUAUGGAGGUUGGACCCUGGACUUCACUGGACCUCUCAUGAUCAUUGUGCAGAAGGUUACUCUGGUUGCAUUUGCCCUACACGAUGGCAAGGGUCGCAGUGACUCAUCACUCAACCAGGACCAGAGAGAACAGAAGAUUGAUGUGUGUCCCUCUCCCCUGGAGUACUUCACCUACAUCUUCAACUUCCACUCCUUCCUUGCCGGACCUUCCUUUAGCAUCAAGGACUUCCUGGCUUUCAUGGACGGUUCUAAUCUCAAGACAAAGGAGCAUGUCGGAGAGCCCUCAGCUGCGUUUGCUAUUGUCUCCAAGCUUGGCUACUCUUUAUUGAGCAUGAUCGCAUAUUUAUACUUGGGAAUGUACUUUACAAAAGACAUGCCUAUUGAUCCGCAAUACUCUAUUCCAAGCAGACUGUACAUCAUUUUAAUCUAUGGCUACAUAUUUCGACUCAAGUAUUACUUUGUGUGGUAUAUGGCGGAGAGUAUCAACAACUUGUGUGGGCUGGGUUUCAGUGGAUAUGAUGAGAAGGGACAACCAAAGUGGGACCUUGUUACAAUCGUUGCAAUGAGAGGAGUGGAGCUUCCCCCAAACCCCAGGAGUGUUUCCAUCAGCUGGAACAUCACUUCAGGAAAGUGGCUUAGGAGAGUGUGCUAUGAGAGAGUACCCUUCUCCCCAACCAUGGCCACCAUGUUCCUGUCUGCCUGGUGGCACGGCUUCUAUCCUGGAUACUAUCUUACCUUCAUAUUUUUGUCUGUAGUAGUAGAAGUGGCACGGAAGCUACGUCGACUGAUUCGGCCCCACUUCCUACACAGUCCCCCCCUCAAGUGGUCCUAUGAUGUCAUAACUAUUGUGCUGUCUCGCUGUGCUUAUGAGCUUGGUAUUAUCCCUAUUGACCAGUUGUGGACGCGCCCAAGUAUUCUGUUCUGGAGCUAUUUCUAUUUCAUCCCCCAAGUGACCAUAGUGGUGCUCAUGUUGCUACUACCAUCUGGCAAGAGCUCACAAGCUGACAAGGAGAAAGAAGAGACUAAAUCCAAACCUCACUAGAUCAUCCCGUUCAUUAACAUUUCAUGUAUAUACAUUUAGCUUAACUAUCAAGAUUAUCUAUUUUAACUUGUGAAGCAUCUUGUAUGAGAUCCCCUC